AGCUUUAAAGAAGAAAGAGAAGAACCCUCAAGCCACUGCAAGCACCUCAACCCCGCUCACGCACACGCACCUCAACAUUUUGUGUUUGGUGUCCCAUACCCAAUUUUAUCUUUGCUUUCCCCCCUCCCCCUCCCGUUAUAUCGUUUCCUUCGUGAAGGCGUGCUUCUUUGCUGCUCGGUGCGUUUCCUUCUCGAAUUCACAGAACCAGGGAAGGCACAUACGCGGCGAAAGGAAGCGGCAGGUUGACGGCUCCCUCCCCUCUUUUGGUCACGGCGAGAAGAGAACAAAGCGAAGAGAAGGCACCGAGGCCUAUUUAUUUUAUUUUUUUGCUAUUUAUACACGUUCUUGCGCAUCGAGCCACCCGAGGUCACGGCAAGAUGUCUGACAAGAAGGAUUACCCGACCGAGGAUGAGAAGGCAUAUCCCACGGAGGACAAGAAGGAAUCUCCGGCCGAGGAAAAGAAUGAAUAUCCCACCGAGGAGCAGCAGCCGCAGCGCGAGAACCACGAACCGCACGACGAAGACGGGGAAGAAGAGGCGAGUGUGUGCUCCUCCGCGGCGCAAGAUCGCAAGGAUUUGGAGGAGUGCCCGGGCGUGGACCUGCGUGCUGUACCGGAGGAACACUCCGGCAAGGUGGUGCUGAUCUUCUACGUCAUCUUCGCCUUCAUCAGCUUCGUCUUUAUGCUGACGGCGUCGUGCCCCAUCCCGUGGCUGAACGACGGCAAGGGCCGCAAGUGGACGGUCUGGAAGGACGUGAGCGGCACCAAGUGGAAGGACUACCCGUGCGACCACAAGCGGGCGAUGUUCCAAGGCAUGGAGGCCUUCGCCAUCUCCGGCUGCGUCCUGUCGCUUAUCUGCUUCAUCGUCGGUCUCCUGCAGCUCCUCGGCAUGGGCCACAUGGGCGUCACCCUUCUCUUCUCCUUUAUCGAUGUGAUGGUGCUGCUGACGGACUGGUCGCUGCUGGUCAACCAAUACCACAAGUACAGCUGCCCUGGUGAGGAGGCCUACGUGGCGCGCAUUAACCGCCUCAACGCCGGCUUUGCGCUCGUCUUCUGCUCCUUUGGCCUGAUGUUCAUCGGCACGGUAGCGCUGAUGUACUGGAUGAACGAAACCUUCAGCAUGUCCGAGAUCCACCACGACAAGUACCGCAGCGGGGCGCUCCUUAGCACCCUCGUCACGGGUGCCGUACUGACCAUCGCCACCGUCGGCACCGCGCAGACGAUGUUCGAGCAGUACUAUGCGAACUACACGCUGAAGGUUACCUUCUGGCACGUCGAGUUCUAUCAGCGCACGACGGGCUUGUCGGAGUACUGGGGCCUCGAUGCGUAUCACUGCUCGAAGUUCAAGAACCAAAUGCACGCGGGUGCGGCCUUCAGCAUCAUCAGCGACGCCUUCCUCUUCAUCACACUUCUCUGCUCCGUCGCUGCCGUCUUCAACCGCUGCUGCAAGUGGCUCGCCAUCGGCUUCGGUAUCGCCUCCUGGGUCUUCCUGCUCAUCUGCUGGGCCAUCGUUGUCGGCGCACGCUACAAGACCUUCUGCUCGAGCGGCGUCGCCCCACCGCUUGUCGGCGUUCCGCUGAACACGGUCGAGCAGCGCGUGUCCUUCGAGGGCUUCGUCAUCACCGAGGGUCUGGGCAUGAUCAUCAGCGCGUGGUGCGCGAUGACGCUGAACAUCAUCUACCUCGGCGUGCGAGGGUAA